AUGGCAGUUAAACCCUUCACUCAGAUGACUUCCACUGAGUUCUCAAUGGUUGAAGAGUUGACUUCUCUCGUUAAAGAUAAUCUUCCUAGCAAGCAUCUCAUUUUGUCGGUGGAAGAGCUGUUGGUUAAUUUUCUUGAGGAAGAUGCAAGUGUAAAUAGAGUGCUUGAGCUGGAACCAAUGAAUCCUUAUAAUCGUCUGCUCGUGCAUCGUCUUGCUGACAUCUUUGGAUUCUCUCAUCAGUCUGUCGGUGAAGGAGAAUCCAGGCACUUAGUUCUGGAGCGUUGCCUAGAGACGUCAAUGCCACCCAUCCUUGUGAGUGAUUUGGUCUUGCAAUUUGAUGAAAGGCAGCCAAGUAUGACUUUUGACAAACCGAGAUGGAAUGAAGUUAUGCCAGGCCAGAGUAACACGGCCUUGAGUAAAUCUUCAUUUGAGGAGAGAGAAACAUCUUAUUUUGCUGCAAGGGAAAGAAUAUUAUCUUCUGAUGCAAGGGAGACAAAAAUGAUGAAGGAGAGGCCAAAACAUGAUCCUGUGGUUGCCCGCCGUAUGAUAACUCAUGCACUUGGCCAUUCAGACAAGGGGACACAACAUGAGCCAUGUUCAAAUGAUGCUAAGGAUGGCGCACAAGCAGCAAAUGGUUUGAAAUUCCAGAACGUGGAAUAUGAGAAGGACUUAUGUAGUAGAGACGAGCUGGGGAAAAACUCUACUCCCAGGACAUAUGAGACCUCAAAAGAAGGCUGGUCAAAGAAUAGCAUAAAAAGAAGCGAUGAUUGUUUGAGAAAUGAACAUAUGGGAGCUGCCAAGAGAUUGUUUGCUAAUGCCCUGGGGAUGCAUCCAAGGGAUGCCAAUCUCUCAAAGUGCGAUGGAACAAGGAAUUUCAGUUGCUGA